CUGUCCACGGGGGAUAUUGUGACCAGGGUGAGGAAGGGCGUUGGGGGCUUGCAGAAGGGCCCGUAUGAGAUGGUGGCCAAGGAGAGACUCAUGGGCAUUUACCUCGCUGUGUACGCGCAUCGCGAUCUGCGCCCGUUGGUUAGAGGUUCGUCCAAGUCGACUGUGACGGCAGGCCUCAUUGGAGGACGCGUCGGGAAUAAAGGCGGUGUCGGCAUCAGCCUGAGCGUGGACGGAACGACUUUGCUGUUCGUCAACGCGCACCUUGCCGCCCAUGGGGAGCGGGUUCACGACCGUCUGGCCAAUUUGGCAAAGAUAAAGAGUGAACUGGAAGUUGACACUUUCUUGAAACCGGAGGACCCGCGAAAUUUAGCGGAAGACCUCACGGAUAAAUUUGACUAUACUUUCAUCUUUGGAGAUCUGAACUUCCGUCUGGAUAUCACUCGCCUACACGCCGACUGGCUAAUAUCUCGGCAGGAAUACGAGCAGGCACUAGCAUUUGACCAGCUACGGAACAUAAUGCAGAACGGCCACGCAUUCGACGGCUUCCACGAAGCCCCCAUCAACUUUCCGCCGACCUUCAAGUACGACGUCCUGAAAACGAUCAAGCGGAGCAAGAAGAAAGGGCACUCGAGGGUGAGCAGCAAAGACAGCGCCAUCUCCCGCGCGGUCGACGAACUGCCCGAGGUGGAGGAGAAGGACGGAGACGACCAGGACGAGCAUGACGCUGACGAGGAAGAUGAGCGCGGGGACGCCGAGUCGCUAGCACCCUCUUACUGGUCGUCCGCGAUGGGCUCUCGGAAGACGGCAGGCGACGAUGAAUCGGAUGAGGACGCCCCGCCGGCAACGCCCUCUCGGCCAGCCCACAGCACCGGGAAUCUCGUCCAGAAGCUGUCUAUCGUGACCGCUGCCCACAAGGCAAAGUCAAAGUGGAAGGCGCUCAUCUCGCCUUCUGUCGCGAGUUUCACCCGGCACACACAUCGAAGUAUAGAUGAUCCCUCUCGGGAUAGUCGGAGUGACGAGCCCCGCGCUGCGUCGCGUGCGUCCGACAAUGUUUCGCCACCGGAGGUUCCGAGUAAGGCGAACGGUGUACCACCUGAGGUCCCCGGUAAAGUCAACGGCGCAACCCCGGAAGUCCCAAGUAAACCGGCCGGGACACCUCCAGAAGUUCCUACUAAACUUGAUGGAUAUGUCCAGCCGAGGCGUUCUCGUCCCGUUUCUAUGAAGCGUGCCCUAUCUGUCAAGUCCUCGAGGCGCAGUCUCGAGGACGAACCCGAGGAUCCAGAUAGAGGCGUUUACGACUCCUCCGCGAAACAGAGAGUCCCUAGCUGGUGCGAUCGGAUACUCUGGAAAUCAACAGUACGGCCCCCGUCCGAGCCCGAGGAAGACGAAGCUCUUACCGGCUCCGCUCGUUCGAGGGUUGGCCAUUUCUUCUCGCAUCUCCGGUCAAGAGCCUCACGAAGGCGGGAAUCCAUUGGCACUAUCAGCUCUACCGAGUCCUCACACAAGAAGGACAGUCCUGCCAAUCUCAUUCCAUCUCCUCCCAACUCCGAUCAGGAGGAACACAAUGGGAUAACGCUGCCCUUCUCGAGGUUCCUGGCACAACCUCAGAUAGACAUGAAGCUGCGGCAGACGAAGUCUAUUGAGACUUUCCAGCCCCAACCUGGGGACCGAUCACCGCUGCCUAGGUCGACGUCCCAUGAGGCUGUUUCUCACUUCUUUGGCUCGCGCUCCCGAAGGUCGACCGAAUCCGCUCUUCCGCGAUCAAAGACAAUCGCUGCUCCGUGCGAGGAUAUGACCCUCAUGACUGGUUCUGCGAACCUCAGUGAUUCCCCGGGCUCAGAAAUGCCGCCUCCCGUCCCCCCGAAGGAUCUGAUUCACAGUCAUAUCCAGUCUAAGUGGCGUUUCCUCCCCUUCCUGUACCGGGAUGCACCGAACCCCACUGUGCAGAGGCCUCCCACGCCAACCAUCGAAGCCCCUCCUCCACGCCCGCGGAAAGGCGACGUCGUCUGCCUGAGCUACAAUACCCUCGAUGACCGGGGUAUGCGCCGCCUCGAAGGGCGAAGUGAUCAUAGGCCCGUCAUAGGAUCUUAUGCCAUCUACAUAUAGCACUUGCAUUCCUUCAUGUUGACUGUAACAUACAUUCCGCUCACUAACUUAUAUCUCGUGUGUUGUCUACCGUAGAGCAAUCUUGUAAUGUAAACGAAGGAAGAUGAGAGAGUGGUGCUGCUCUAAUGUAGUCUGUUGCGUUCACUUGCGAU